GGCAGCCAUUUUGCCUGAAAGAUGCGCACGAAUGCGGCUUAAUAUAUGAACCAAAGAAUAUGUGUGAAGUAGUAGAAGAAAGCUCCUACUGAACGUUCACUUUGAGCUUGCGCGCCCGUCAAGAAAGUGGAGGACUUGCUGGCACGAGCUCACCCGCUCAAACUUCCUGAAGCUCUGCGGGUGUCGUGACUUAGACGCGGCUCUGCGGUUUAGCGCCAGCCGACCGUGCCAAGACGCUAAGGGCUUCUCGCUUCCCACUCUGCCCGCACAUUCCCUUUUACUCACUUUUCGAUCUUCCCUCCGAAUCUUCUAAUCACACGAGUCGACCAUACACGCCAAAGUAGUCGCCAUGUCGGACGGAAAGGACAAGAGCGCGAACCCCAUGCGCGAGCUGCGCAUCCAGAAGCUCGUGCUUAACAUCAGUGUCGGAGAGUCUGGUGACAGACUUACCCGUGCUGCUAAGGUGCUCGAGCAGCUGAGCGGUCAGACUCCUGUCUACAGCAAGGCCCGCUACACUGUCCGUACCUUCGGUAUCCGUCGUAACGAAAAGAUCGCCGUCCACGUCACCGUCCGUGGCCCCAAGGCCGAGGAGAUCCUUGAGCGUGGUCUUAAGGUCAAGGAGUACGAGCUCCGCAAGAGGAACUUCUCCGAGACCGGCAACUUCGGCUUCGGUAUCAACGAGCACAUCGAUCUUGGUAUCAAGUACGACCCUGGUAUUGGUAUCUACGGCAUGGACUUCUACUGCUGCAUGACCCGCCCUGGUGAGCGUGUCGCUAAGCGUCGCCGCUGCAAGGCCCGUGUCGGUGCUCCUCACCGCAUCAACCAGGCCGAGACCAUCAAGUGGUUCAAGAACCGCUUCGACGGAAUUGUCCGGUAAAUGUUUCAUUUCUGGUCUUUGGGGGAGCCAGGGGGUUGCGUUUAUGAUGAAUCAAUAAAAACAGGCAGAAAAAAUGCCGUUCUGCUUUGAAAUACUUGUUUCUACCACGGCAUGAGGAUAGGCGUGUUAGGAAUCCAAAUUCUCAAGUUCAAAAAAACGCAUCCACUUUUCACAAUGAAGGCUUCACAAAGGGUGAUGUAUCCGCAUAACCAUUGAUGAAAAGAUUUGCAUGAUGCUUGCCCCAUCACACUCAGUGUGAUAAUGGUGGCUAUUUGGCCGUUGGAUCUCUUUUCAGAGUCCAAGAACAUGUCCUUCUCACUGUCCCCUGUGGCAGUGUGCUCCUCUGCUCUUAGGCCAACAUGGAUGGUACGGAAACAGCCCGGCUCCAUGCUCGCCUUGAGAGUAUGCCGUAAAUCAGCUCGUUGUAAACUCUUCCUGUAGUCAAGAAAGAUAUCAACUAUGUGGGUCAUGAUCAAGAGCAUAUCGUAGAUUGUGGGCCCAUCUCGAAACGCCGUUAAUCAUAUGGGAUCACUAGUGUUUCCAUUGGGGUAGUCCCAUAUUAA